UUUGUCUAUUCUUAUCCAAACUAGGAAAAUCUUACAUCUCCAACAAUGCCCCCAAGAGAACCCAACUCGGAAAAAAUAAUCGAUUUCGUCGUAAACAAAAGAAAUGGAAUUAAGGGUUUAGUCGAUACAGGUAUUGAAACCGUUCCCGAGCUUUAUAUUCUACCACUAGAGGAAAGAUUGGAACCAAACAACAUCUCGAAUCACCACUCCAUUCCGGUAAUUGAUGUUUCCAAUUGGGACGACCCAAAGGUAACCGAAUCGAUCUGCAAAGCUGCCGAAGAGUGGGGUUUCUUUCAGAUAAUUAACCAUGGAGUUCCCUUGGAAGUUCUCGACGCCGUCAAAGAAGCCUCUCAUAGGUUCUUUGGGUUACCAAAUGAAGAGAGAAAGAAGUACUGGGUUGGGAAUUCGCCGACUGAAACAGUGGCUUUGAAAACAAGUUUUGCUCCGCUAGCAGAGACUGUUUUUGAGUGGAAAGAUUUCCUCAGCUUUCGUUGUAGUCCUCGGGAUCUGGAAUCAUUUCCCUUAUGGCCCCCUGUUUGCAGGGAUGAAGUGGUGAAAUAUUUGGAGAGUGCAAAGCCUGUGAUAAGGAAGCUGCUGGAGGUCCUAUUGAAGGGACUUAAGGUGAAAGAGAGAGACAAAACUAGAGAAUAUCCGUUAAUAGUUUCACCGGUGGUUAACCUAAAUUACUAUCCACACUGCCUGAAGCCAGACCUCACAGGAGGAGUAUUCCCUCACUCUGAUAUAUCGACAAUCACUACUCUCCUACAAGAUGAAAAUGGCGGCCUUUAUGUUCGAGCAACCGAUGACAAUAGCUGGAUUCAUGUUCCACCAGUCAAUGGGGCUCUUGUAAUCAACGUGGGAGACAUUCUACAGAUAAUGAGCAACGACAGGUACAAGAGCAUUGAACAUCGGGUGGUUGCCAAUGGAAGCAAGGAUAGAGUUUCAGUGCCCAUUUUUUUGGAUCUAGGAGCGGAUGUCGUUUUUGGUCCUUUGCCAGAAGUGCUAGAAAGCGGGGAGCAACCAUUGUAUAAGGAAGUUGUCUUCUCCGAUUAUUCCAAGUACUUUUUCAGCAAGAAACAUGAAGGAAAGAAAACAAUAGACUUUGCCCGGAUAUGAUCAAUCCCUCUAUGGCAGUAUCUUUGCUGAUAUUACAGUGAUUAUGGAAACAUAAACAUGAAAUAAGCUUAGUGUGAAGUAACGUGCAAUAUAGUAUGGAGUCGAUCUACAAAACAUGUAACGUGAAAUAAGCUCAAAUAUUGAGAAACACAGUUGGAUAUAAUCUUUUUCUUACUAGUGAAGAGAGAGAUUUAAUCAUGUGGUUUGUUUUGUGAACAUGAUCAAGUGAGCCUCGCCUAAACGAAAUGUU